GUUGGCUUAGUGCUUGUCUAUUUUCGGCAGGGUACGGAGCUGCUGGCUCUCGCGACCAACAAACCAACCCGCAACGCAGCCAGGAAAACUGAUUUCCACGUAGAAUUGCAUCUCGGAGAAGCACCGAUAAGAAGACAGGUCGGAUUCCCAGUCUUUGCUCAGCGAAUUCGAAUUUAAUUUCGGCAACGGUCGUUCUCCCUUCGAGAGACCCAUUGAUAAGCCAGGUUUCACCGCAGACAGUCGUCUAACGUCCACAUCCGCGGGCAUUCGCAUCAGUUUUGGCCAAAAAUUAUGUUCUAACUUCGAUCGCAGACGCCAACAGAAGUUUUUAACCAGUUCGCCAGCUGAUUUACCUUCUUAGCUGAUUUACCAAGGAUCGCUAUGCCUGAUACGGAGAUUAUUGUCACCAAUGCCGGAGAGCCGUCCACGAAGGCGAGUCUCAUCGUGGUUUCCAAUCGCCUGCCAUUUGUGCUGAUCCGGAACCCAAAAACCGAUGAACUGGAACGCAGGGCCAGCGCUGGUGGCUUGGUGACUGCCGUGUGUCCGGUAGUGAUUAAGGGCAGCGGGCUCUGGGUGGGCUGGUCGGGCAUCCACUUGAAGGACCCCAACGAGGCCAUUCCCGAGUCCAAUCCCAACGACCAGACGCCCACCGCUGGCCUCAAGUCCGAGCAGGUGGUGUCCGUGAACAUCGACUCGAAGAUCUUCGACAGCUACUACAACGGAUGCUGCAACAAGAUCUUCUGGCCCCUGUUCCACUCGAUGCCGGGCAGAGCCAACUUUGGAGGCGAGCACUGGCACGACUAUGUGACCGUCAACAAGCACUUCGCCGUCCGCACCAUCGAGGCGCUGGAGAAGUGUCUGGCCAAGAACCAGGGCAGCGAAAAGAGUCCACCGAUCGUUUGGAUCCACGACUACCAUCUCAUGCUGGCCGCCAACUGGGUGCGUGAGCACGCCGAGGAGAAGAACCUGCCCUGCCGGCUGGCCUUCUUCCUGCACAUCCCCUUCCCGCCGUGGGACAUCUUCCGCCUGCUGCCGUGGUCCGAUGAGAUCCUGCAGGGAAUGUUGGGCUGCGAUCUGGUGGGCUUCCACAUCCAGGACUACUGCCUGAACUUCGUGGACUGCUGCCAGCGGAACCUCGGCUGCCGUGUGGACAGGAACAACCUGCUCGUGGAGCACGGCGGUCGCACAGUGCGCGUCCGUCCGCUGCCCAUUGGCAUUCCGUACGAGCGCUUCGUCAAUCUGGCCACGACCGCACCCAAGGUGCUCAAGACAUCCAAGAUGCAGAUCAUCCUGGGCGUGGACCGACUGGACUACACCAAAGGCCUCGUCCACCGGCUGAUGGCCUUCGAGGCGCUGCUGCUCAAGUAUCCGCAGCACAAGGAGAAGGUGAGCCUGCUGCAGAUCUCGGUGCCGUCGCGAACGGACGUGAAGGAGUACAGAGAGCUGAAGGAGGAGGUGGACCAGCUGGUGGGCCGCAUCAACGGACGCUUCACCACCGCCAACUGGGCGCCCAUCCGCUACAUCUACGACUACGUGAGCCAGGACGAACUGGCUGCGUUGUACCGGGAUGCUGCCGUUUGCCUGGUCACUCCGCUGCGCGAUGGCAUGAAUCUGGUGGCCAAGGAGUUCGUCGCCUGCCAGAUUAACGAGGUGCCUGGUGUCCUGGUCAUCUCACCCUUUGCGGGAGCCGGCGAGAUGAUGCACGAGGCGCUGCUUUGCAAUCCGUACGAGGUGAACGAGGCCGCCGAGGUGAUCCACCGGGCAUUGACCAUGCCCGAGGACGAGCGCGUCCUUCGGAUGGCUCGUCUCCGCCGGCGGGAGGCCGAAUGCGAUGUGAGCCACUGGAUGCGCUGCUUCCUGAAGGCGGUGGGCGCCCUGGAGAUGGACGACGUGGGCACCACCAUAAUGCAACCGGUCUCUGUGGACGACUUCGAUGACUACUUACUGAAAUACAUCGGCUAUAACCACAAGUUGGCUCUGCUGCUGGACUACGACGGCACCCUGGCGCCCAUUGCUCCGCAUCCGGACCUGGCCACGCUCUCCCCUGAGAUCAAGAACGUGCUGUACAAGCUGUCCAACCACUCGGAUGUCUACGUGGCCGUCAUCUCCGGUCGCAACGUGGACAACGUGAAGAAGAUGGUCGGCAUCGAGGGCAUCACCUACGCUGGCAAUCACGGUCUGGAGAUCCUCCAUCCGGACGGCAGCAAGUUCGUGCAUCCCAUGCCCAUGGAGUACGAGAAGAAGGUCAGCGACCUGCUGAAGGCGCUGCAGGAUUCCGUAUGCCGCGACGGCGCCUGGGUGGAGAACAAGGGGGCGCUCCUGACGUUCCACUACCGCGACACGCCAAACCACCUGCGUGGAGCGAUGGUCGAUAAGGCGCGCUCCCUGAUCGAAAAGUACGGCUUCCGGGCCACGGAGGCGCAUUGCGCUCUGGAGGCCCGUCCGCCGGUCCAGUGGAACAAGGGCCGUGCCUCGAUCUACAUCCUGCGCACUUCCUUCGGCGUGGACUGGAACGAGCGCAUCAAGAUCAUUUACGUGGGUGACGAUCUUACGGACGAGGAUGCCAUGGUGGCUCUCAAGGGAAUGGCGAGAACGUUCCGUGUGACCUCGUCGGACAUUGUGAAGACCGCUGCGGAUCACCGACUUCCCUCUACAGACUCCGUUUACACGCUGCUGAAAUGGGUGGAACGGCAUUUCAUGGGACGCAAGGCGCGCGCCAAUUCGCUGACCUACCGGCCCACCAAGGGCGAUGGUGUCCAAAUGCAAAUGUCCCUGGAGGUGGCCUCUUCUGUGAACAGCCUGGAGGUGUGAACCCAGAUAUACAUUGGCAACCCCGUAACUCAGAUAACUUGUAGGAUUUUAAGAAUAAAAAAUGAAUCAUAGCUUAAAGAAAUGUACAAUA